GGUGGGGAGCGCAGCAUGAAAGCCAGCUGAGCAGAGCACCAGCCUCACCUGGGAUCCCGCCUGGAGACCGAGAGGGAACUGCCUGCAGGAUGAAUUCAGAAAGAGACUCAGAAACUACCUUUGACGAGGAUUCCCGGCCCAAUGAUGAAGAGGUGCCCUACAGUGACGAUGAGACCGAAGAUGAACUGGAUGUUCAGUCCAGUGUUGAGCCCGAGCAAAACCGCAUCAACCAAGAAGUGGAAGUGACCCGCGAGACCCUUAGAAAAGACUGCAGUUGGCUAGUUAAAGCAAAUGACAGAGAAUUCUACGAACAGCCCCAGUUUCAGCAAACAAUGUAUCUGUGCCUUCAGAAAAGUAAAUAUGCAGGGAAUGCAAUUAAAACCUACAAGUAUAAUCCAAUAACCUUCCUGCCGCUAAAUUUAUUUGAACAGUUUAAAAGGGCAGCCAACUUUUAUUUCCUGGUUCUACUUAUUUUACAGUCAAUUCCUCAGAUAACUACUCUAUCAUGGUAUACAACUCUGAUCCCUUUACUCUUGGUUCUGGGCAUCACCGCCGUUAAAGAUCUCGUGGACGACAUCGCUCGACAUCGGAUGGACAAUGAAAUUAAUAACCGCACAUGUGAUGUAAUCAAAGAGGGAAGGUUCAAAAGUACAAAAUGGAAAGAUAUUAAAGUUGGUGAUGUCAUCCGUCUGGAGAAAAAUGGCUUUGUUCCUGCUGAUAUUCUGCUGCUUUCCAGUUCAGAACCUAACAGCCUUUGUUAUGUAGAGACAGCUGAAUUGGAUGGUGAAACCAACUUAAAGUUCAAAAUGUCACUGGAGGUUACAGACCGAUUCCUUCAAGAAGAAAGUGCACUGGCAGCUUUUGAUGGCUUGAUAGAAUGUGAGGAACCCAACAACCGGCUCGAUAAAUUCACAGGAACUUUGAAAUGGAGGGGAAGGUGUUAUCCUUUGGACGCUGACAAAAUCUUGUUACGUGGGUGUAAAAUACGGAACACAGAUGUGUGUCACGGACUCGUCAUAUUUGCAGGGGCAGACACAAAAAUAAUGAAAAACAGUGGAAAAACACGGUUCAAAAGGACUAAAAUCGACUCCCUUAUGAAUUACAUGGUUUAUACGAUCUUUGUUUUGCUCAUCUUGGUUUCUGCUGGUCUGGCCAUUGGACACACUUACUGGGAACAGCAGAUUGGGAACGUGUCUUGGUACCUCUACGAUGGAGAAGAUUACUCCCCUUCUCACCGUGGCUUCCUUAACUUUUGGGGCUACAUCAUUGUUCUUAACACAAUGGUUCCCAUCUCCCUCUAUGUGAGUGUUGAAGUCAUCCGUUUGGGCCAAAGCUAUUUCAUCAACUGGGACUUGCAAAUGUAUUAUCCAGAGAAGGAUACAGCUGCUAAGGCCAGAACAACCACACUGAAUGAACAGCUUGGACAGAUCCAUUAUAUCUUCUCAGACAAGACGGGAACGCUGACGCAGAACAUCAUGACAUUCAAGAAGUGUUGCAUAAAUGGACAAACCUACGGAGAAAGCAGAGAUAAAGCAGGACAAGAACAUUAUCGUCCUGAGCAAGUUGACUUCAGCUGGAAUAUGUAUGCAGACGGGAAGCUCACCUUUUUUGAUCAUUAUCUGAUUGAGCAAAUUAAGUCCAGGAAGGAACCUGAAAUCCAGCAGUUCUUCUUCCUGCUUGCAAUUUGCCACACGGUGAUGGUGGAUGCUAGUGAAGGAGAACUCGGUUAUCAGGCGGCCUCCCCUGACGAAGGAGCCUUGGUAACCGCUGCCAGGAACUUUGGUUUUGUUUUCCUUUCACGGACACAAAAUACUAUUACCAUCAGUGAAAUGGGAGUCAUAACAACGUACGAAGUUCUUGCCAUUUUGGACUUCAACAGCGACAGAAAACGGAUGUCUGUUAUCGUUAGAGACCCAAAUGGAGCCAUCAGGCUGUACUGUAAAGGGGCGGAUACCGUGAUUUUUGAACGACUUCAUCCAGAGAAUCCUAAAAAGCAGGAUACAGAAGAAGCACUGGAUGUAUUUGCAAACGAAACCCUUAGAACACUCUGCCUUUCCUACAAGGACAUUAGCAAUGAGGAGUAUGAAGCAUGGAAUAAAAAAUUCAUGGCAGCUAGUGUUGCUUCCAGGAACCGUGAGGAAGCUCUGGAUAAAGUAUAUGAAGAAAUUGAACAGAAUCUAAUUCUUUUGGGUGCCACCGCAAUCGAAGACAAAUUACAGGAUGGAGUUCCAGAAACAAUAUCCAAGCUGGCAAAGGCAGAUAUUAAAAUUUGGGUGUUGACAGGGGACAAAAAAGAAACGGCUGAAAAUAUUGGCUUUUCUUGUGACCUCCUAACAGAAGAAACUACUAUCUGCUAUGGGGAAGACAUCAGUGCUCUUCUGCAAACAAGAAUGGAAAACCAGAAGAACAGGAACGGACCUAAUGCAAAUUCUCAAACAGCCAAUGAGCCCUUUUUUCAGCCAGAUAGAAACCGCGCCUUAAUCAUCACUGGUUCUUGGCUGAACGAAAUUCUCUUGGAGAAGAAAAAGAAGAAAAAGAAACUCCUGAAACUGAAAUUUCCAAAAACGGUAGAAGAAAAGCAGAAGCAUAUGGAGAGUAAAAGAAGAAUAGAUUUGAACAAAGAGCAGCAGCAACGGAACUUUGUUGACUUAGCUUGUGAGUGCAGCGCAGUGAUCUGCUGCCGAGUGACACCCAAGCAGAAAGCCAUGGUGGUUGAGCUGGUGAAGAAAUACAAGAAAGCCAUAACUUUGGCCAUUGGUGAUGGUGCUAAUGAUGUGAAUAUGAUUAAAACUGCCCAUAUCGGUGUGGGAAUAAGUGGACAAGAAGGGAUGCAAGCGGUCAUGUCCAGUGACUAUUCUUUUGGCCAGUUCAGAUACCUCCAAAGGUUGUUGCUUGUCCAUGGUCGAUGGUCAUACAUAAGGAUGUGCAAGUUCCUUCGGUACUUCUUCUACAAAAACUUUGCAUUUACAUUAGUUCACUUCUGGUACUCCUUCUUCAACGGCUACUCUGCUCAGACAGCUUAUGAAGAUUGGUUUAUCACACUCUACAAUGUAUUAUAUUCCAGUCUUCCAGUUCUUCUUGUUGGAUUGCUUGACCAGGAUGUGAGUGACAAGCUGAGCCUGCGGUUUCCUACCUUGUAUAUAUCGGGACAGAAAGACUUGCUUUUUAACUACAAGAAGUUCUUCAUAAGCCUCCUGCAUGGUGUCAUAACAUCGCUAGUCAUUUUCUUCAUACCGUAUGGCGCUUACCUGCAAACCAUGGGCCAAGAUGGAGAAGCACCGUCGGAUUAUCAGUCAUUCGCUGUCACAGCAGCCUCUUCUCUCAUAAUUACAGUCAAUUUCCAGAUGGGUCUGGAUACAUCUUACUGGACGUUCGUUAAUGCCUUCUCAAUAUUUGGGAGUAUUGCACUUUACUUCGGUAUAACGUUUGAUCUGCAUAGUUCUGGGAUACAUGUCCUUUUCCCGGCAGCCUUUCAGUUUACAGGCACUGCUCCAAAUGCACUUCGGCAGCCUUAUACCUGGCUGACAAUAAUAUUAUCCGUGGCGUUUUGCUUGCUGCCUGUGAUUGCACUUCGUUUCUUGACAAUGACCAUUUGGCCCACAGAGAAUGAAAAGAUUCAGAAGAAUCGCAAAAAGUACAAAGCUGAAGAAGAGAAGUGGCAGCGAAGGCCGAGUGUCUUCCGUCGUGGGAUAUCCGGCCGCCGCUCCGCUUACGCCUUCUCUCAUCAGCGUGGCUACGCAGACUUGAUUGCUUCUGGUCGGAUCAUUCGUAAAAGACGAGGGUCUUUAAGCGCAGUGCUUGGCAGCAAACUGGCAGAAGUUAGACAAGCCGAAGAAAGCAGCUGAUGACUUCCCAAGUCCUAUGCGGAGCAGGAUUUUUUUUUUCAGCAGUUGCACAAAGUUUUUUAAUUUUUUAUUUGAUUUUUUACAAAAGACUCAGGAAUCCUUUUCUAAAAAAUAUGUGCAAGGUUGGAAGAGCCCCAUGCUUGGGAGUAUUGAACUGAAGAACUGCAUGGUGUUUUGAAAUCUUGAUUCGUAUAUAAAUACUUGUUCCGUGUGAAAUUGAAGGAUAUAAAUAAUCCAUGGACUUAAAACACUACAGUUGUAAGGUUUUUCUUAAAACUGCACUUAGAAUUUUAAGUCUUUUUUAUUGCAACCAUUAAAUACAUUUUUACUGACCUCAACACCAAAGAUGAACAGCUGAGAAGCAAAACAGUUAUUAUUCCAUUAAUUUAUUCAGCUGUAAUGGUGACUUUAAGAUAACCAAAGAUUUUUUGCCUUUUCUGUUAGCAUGGCGUACUGCAGUAUGGUUGUGUAAUUUUCAGAGAUUUGGGCAAGGAAAGGUAAAUAAUAGCAAAGUUAUUAAUUGAAUUUACCUCUCUCUAGAGACAUCAGGUUCCAUCCAAGAAUCUUUGCCAUAAGGAUUCAUGGACCUUCUUUGGGGCCAAGAGUUAAGUAGCAACAGGAAAUGGUGGGUUUUGGCUUUUGCCUGGCAACACAUUUUACACCACAGUCUUUUUGUGGUCCUUGAAUGUAUUCAAGAAAAAGUGAAGAGGUAAUACAUCAGUGAAAGGUUUAUUUUUGGCAUAGUUUCUGAGGAGGGGGAUGCGUUGAUUUCCUACUUCUGUAGUCUUUAUCAUGGUAGCUUACAAUUUAAUAGGGGUGAUUCUCAUGCAGCAUGUUUCGUACAUGGGAAUUAUUUUGUGUGGACACCAUCAUCCUUCGAAAGUGCAUACACUGUCCACCCCAUGGAGGAAUGGCAAAACAGGUAUGCAAGGUUCUUCACACACGGUAAUCUGUACAUGCAUAAGUGAGAUCCAAGUCAUGUGUGAAGCAGACUAAACUGAACAAAAUUAUUUUUCAUUGGGUGAUGGUUCAGAUUUAGGAUGAGUCAAAUUCACUAUGUUUUAAUAGUAAAAAUAGCUCUGUGUUUUGUUUUUGAAGCAUACCUCUUCACAGGUUUUGUGUUGGGACAUAUAAAUGGUUUACAUUUCAAAAAGUGUCAGCAAACACCAAUUUAUCUUGCUGAAUAUUAAUGAUAUUGUUCCUCAGUUUUGGAGGUAAACUAUGUAAGUUGGUAUUUCUGUUAGGAACAAUUGCAUUUGCUGUGUUGGAGCACAAACUUUGUGCAUCUGAGACUGCAGAUUCAAUUCUUGGGUAUUGGAAAAAUUCCUAUCUGCCAGGAUAGAUGAGCUGAUGGCCUGAUUCCGUAUAAAUCAGCUUCUGCGUUCCUACAAUUAUUAUUUAAUGUGGAAAAGUUUACACCUUUUCUUUUCAGUAAAUGUAGAAGAUUUUGUUCCACUUCAAGGAAUGAUUUCUCUCUUUUAAAGACAAGGAAGUGCUCGGCCACAUGUUUCAGGCAUUGAAUCUGGGUGCAAUAUUUACAAAUAUAAUGUGAUGAUUGAAAUGGAUGCUUUUCAUACUUUUAUCUGAAUUAUGGAGUGUAAAUAUGCUAUUUGUUAAAAGAUCUGAACUAUCAUAUGUAAAUAUUUUAUUUGUUAAAAAUUGUG